GCAACUCAUAAUAAAAUUUGAAUUUUCUCUAUCGACAAAAAUGAAGAUUGAAGAGGUCAAGAGUACAACUAGAACACAAAGAGUAGCCACUCAUUCUCAUAUCAAAGGUCUUGGUUUGAAUGAUGACUUCACUGCCAAGGAAAUCUCCCAUGGUCUUUGUGGUCAAGAGAAAGCAAGAGAAGCAGGAGGAAUCGUCGUGGAUUUGAUCAAAUCAAAAAAGAUGGCAGGUAAAGCCUUGCUCUUUGCAGGUGCUCCAGGCACCGGUAAGACUGCCAUCGCUUUGGCAAUCGCCCAAGAGAUUGGAUCCCAAGUCCCAUUCUGCCCAAUGGUCGGUUCUGAAGUCUAUAGUUCUGAAGUCAAGAAAACCGAGAUAUUAAUGGAGAACUUUAGAAGAGCAAUUGGAAUCAGGAUCAAAGAGACCAAAGAAGUAUGGGAAGGAGAAGUCACAGAGAUCACUCCUGAAGAAAAGGAAGAUCCUCAUGAUGGCUAUGGCAAAGUUGUGGAAGGAGUCAUCCUGAGUCUCAAGACUACAAAGGGAUCAAAACAACUCAGAUUGGAUCCAAGUGUUUAUGAGAAUAUGCAAAAAGAAAAGAUCACCGUCGGCGAUGUUAUUUAUAUUGAAGCUACUUCAGGAGCAGUCAAAAGGGUUGGAAGAAGUGAUGCUUACGCUGCUGAGUACGACCUUGAAGCUGAAGAGUAUGUCCCAAUUCCAAAAGGAGAUGUUCACAAAAAGAAAGAAGUUGUGCAAGAUGUCACACUACACGAUUUGGAUGUAGCCAAUGCUAAACCACAGGGCGGGCAAGACUUCUUCUCACUGAUGAAUCAAGUAAAUAGACAAAAGAAGACAGAAAUCACAGAGAAAUUAAGAAUUGAGAUCAAUAAAGUGGUUAACAAGUAUAUUGAUCAUGGAAUUGCUGAGCUUGUUCCAGGAGUCUUAUUUAUUGAUGAGGUUCACAUGCUUGAUAUUGAAUGUUUUACAUAUCUGAACAGAGCUUUGGAAAGUAAUCUGGCCCCAAUUGUUAUCUUCGCUACAAACAGAGGUAAAUGUACAAUUAGAGGAACUGAGAUGAAGAGCCCUCAUGGAAUCCCAGUUGAUCUUCUUGAUCGUCUUCUCAUUAUUAAAACUCUCCCUUACUCUGUAAAUGAAAUUGUACAAAUUUUGUCCAUCAGAUGCUCAACUGAGAGUAUUGAAAUUGAAGAGGACGCAUUAGCUCAUCUUGCUGCAAUUGGAACAAAGACCUCCCUCAGAUAUGCUGUUCAGCUUAUCUCUCCUUCAAACAUUCUUGCUGAGACAGAUGGAAGAGAGAAGAUCAAUAAGGAAGACAUUGAUGAGGUUAAUAGCCUCUUCUUCGAUGCUAAAUCAUCAGCCAAAAUUUUGCAGGAACAAGCUGAUAAGUUCAUUUCGUAA